GCAAUAUUUGUUAUAAAAAAAGUCCAACACAAAUUACUUAGAGACAUUCGGAUCGGAUUUUCUGAUAUUUUUGGCCAUCUGAGUUGGAAUAUUGAUUAAUAUAUUCAUUUUAAAAAAUGGAAUAAAUCUAAAUAAAUGAAUGAAGUCGAUGAAGAGGUGUCCAACUUCGUUUUGUCACAUGUGUUGCAUAAUGAUAAAUUACCCCCCACCGAUAUCGAAUAAUGCAAGGAAUAUCUUAUAAAAAUCAAUAUAAAAUAAAAUAAUUAGUAACAUAUUUUAAAACUAUUGGAAUAAGAUUGUGUUAGAGAAUUGCUAAUAUUUUCUGGAGCAUUCAUGAAUAUUUUCAAAUCAACAAAAACAUAUUUAAAUGUAAUUAGCUUCUAGUGGUGAAGAGGUGACAAAGUAAUUCUCAAGGUCAUGGGUUCGAUUCUAUUGGUAGGGAGGGAUGCAAUUUCUGUAUUAAAAUGAUCCAUAUAUAAAGGCUGGUCCCGGACCUAGGGUAGAUGUAGUCGGACCGAAGACCUGGAAAAUCAUCCUGAUUAUAAAAAAAAAAUCUUUCAUACAAAUUAAUCCAUCGUUUUUAUAUGGUUAUACAUAUGUGUAUAUACUAUAUAUCCGUUAUGCCUUGAUAUGUAAUAAAUAAUUGAUUUCGCACAAGGAGAAAACACAAAUUUACUAAAAUAGUAAAUAAUUCGAUUUUAGGAAAUAUUUGAAUUGCUACAAAAAUUUAUGAUGUAGAUAGGGUUCCAAUUCUGUAUUGUACUGUUUAAAAUUUUAGAUAUUACUAAAUCUCCGCACAUUUAUAAAAUAAUUUUAUUUCUUUUACUGGUUACUAGUUUCCAUCUAAUGGUCAAACUUUGGAUCGCAAUCAAAACGGCUUUAAAACUGUCUGCAUUAAAAUUAUUGAUUACUACGUGGUUAGGAGACUAAUCAGAGAAUUAAAUAAAGUUUUAAUAGCGCCAAAAGGCUGCGGGACCCACCACGAUAUAAAAGUUGUUUUAUGCGAAUACCCGAAACGACACCGUAUUCGACCGUAGAGUGAGUCACGAAAACCGAGUGGGCUCCGCGUAGGGGGGGACCCACAUAGCCCGAAGAGGAAUCGUCGGCUUUCGAUCUUCCACUCGACAGUACAUAUCAACGUCUUCUACGCCAAAAUUUCUUCUUUUCCAUUUGAGCUCUCUCUCUCUCUUGUUUUGAUCGGUGUUCUGCUCGUGGAUGGGUUCGUGUGCGUCGGUUGAUAAGUCUCGGUCUGGUCCCGCGAUGAAGCUCGUGGCUUUUGGGACAAGAGCAGAUAUUUUGGUGAUCCCAGAAUCGCCCAAGAAGGCGAACUCGGGGCUGGUGGCUACUCCGCCGGAGAUGGUGGCGGAGGACGGUGGCGGUGCGGCUGAUUCUCGGUGGUCGUUUUCCUCUGCCCAGAAAAGUUUAGAAUCGCCCAGAAGGGAGAACUCGGUCUGGGGGGAUACUCCGACGUCGGCAAAAGAUUGUCCGAUCAAAUCUCGGUGGUCGUUUUCUUCUGCUAAGAAAAGCUUCGGUAGUAGAGAAGAAGCAUUCUUCGAUUCACAGGCGUGGCUAGAGUCAGAUGACGAGUUCCACAGCGUCAAUGGCGAUUUCACACCGUCUCGUGGAAACACUCCUAAAAGCGGCAGCUUCUCGGACAGAGUUCCCCGUUUGCACAACCUUACGUUCGAGGAAAAGCCUCUGAGUCCAUCAGAGGCUCCCACACCCCGGAGGAAGAAGCUAGCCGAGCUCUUCAGAGACGACAGCAUUAGAGAAGAUUCUUCAGAAGAUUCCCCUGAAAACCAGAGCAGAUCCAGCGAGAUAUCGUCUUUUAACACUCCGUAUGUGUCUGAAACUAACUCCAGUGUCUGCAGCGGUGAACUCAGAGCCAUUGAAGACUCCGCUGCAGCUGAAGAGAAGGAGAGGAAGCUUAGAUCUUUUUCUCCCGGGUGUCUUCCCCGGUUUGCCUCUUGCGGGAGCUUUUCUGAUAGGAGGAAGAAGACGAGCCUUGCCGCCACCGUUGCAGUGAAGUGAGCUACAUACACACACACACACACGUAUAUAUACAUAUAUAGAGAGAGAGAGAUGCUGUAUAGAAAUAAAGGGUGAUGGUGAAGACAUGGCUGUGUAUAUGAUGAGAGAUCUAUACAGGUACUUCCUGCAAUGAAGCACCAAAGAUGACAAGGGUUUGCUCGGACAUCAUGUAAAUUUGCCCUUUCGCUUAUGUAGUAGUUACGGGUCUUUUGCCUUUGAGAAUGCCCGCGGGGUUUUGCAUGUCUCGCAUCAUAUUUUAUAUGGCGAAAUGAUAUUUUUAUUCC